AUGGCGCGGGGUUGGUCUCCCAAGAUGGCGAGCGGCUCGGAGACCGGUGCUCUCAGGGGCCGCGGGGCGGCCGGAGAGACGCGGAUGUACGGCAGUACGGGCAGGAACGCGGCCGGUGGGCAGGCGGACACCCGGGUGGUGGAGCACACGCUGCGCCCGGGGGACACGCUGCAGGGGCUGGCGCUGCGGCACGGAGUGUCGAUGGAGCAGAUCAAGCGGAUGAACCGUCUCUACACCAACGACUCCAUCUUCCUGAAGGAGACCAUCCUUAUCCCCGUUGCCGGCCGGCAAGGUCCUCACCACAACGGGCUGGGAGCUCCGGCCGAGCCGGAGAGGGGCCCGCUGGACCACAGCGCCGAGCCCCCCCACCCGCCCCCCGUCACCACCGAGGUCUCGGUCACCGACUUCCUCCGCCGGCUCGACUCCAAGAUCAGCAAGUGCAAAGAGGCAGCCAUUCGCAAGCUCCAGGAGGAGGAGGAGGAGACAGGGUCUUCAGGGGUACAGACCACCAUGGCCGCCUGCUCUGGGCCGAGUACAGACAGGGGGACACCGGUGAGGACCCCACCAGCCCAGCGAGCCAUCCUCGGGCCCGUCCGCCUCACCCAGUCCUCCCGAGCUGCCUCCUUACGGGACACAGAGGACGAAAUCUUCAACCUAUGACGUUACCUGCCGGGACCCGGUGCACUUUACUUGCCUGCCGGGACCUGGAUUUACCCGUGCUGAACUGAGCGAGUGGCGAAAGGGCUAAGCAAUAGGGGAGGGGCUGAGGGUGUGGGGAGGGGCUGAGGGUGUGGGGAGGGGCUGAGCCAGCAGAGAGCGUGAACAAGUGAGCUGGGGUAUGGGCUGAGCGAGAGGAGGGGUGGGGGGGGGCUGAGUGAGCAGCGAAGGGGCUGUGCGAGCAAUGGGAGGGGCUGAGCAAUAGGGGAAGGGCUGAGCGAGCAAGGGGAGGGGCUAUUGAGCAAGGGGAGGGGCUGAGCUAGUAGGGGAGGGCCCACAUGAGCAAGGGGAGGGGCCGAGCGAGGGGUUAGGGACGGAGCCCGACAGAGAAUCCACGAACGAGACUGAUUGACGGGCGGCCGUUGGAGAGCGGCGAAUGUUUUCUCCGUCGCACAACGGGACCUGGAGUGACCAAGGGAAACCGCGCUGGCGGACCCGCUUGCCCAAGUAUUUAUACAAGUACAGCAGCUAUUUAUCUGGUGAAUGCGAGGCCGACAUUCCCUCCUGGUGACUUGUCUGCGUCGCUGACGCGGGAGGUCGGAGGUGGGGUGGGGUGGGGGGGGGGGGGGGAAAGAGCGGGGAACAAAUUGUUGGGUAUUGCUUUCCGUGGACUGGUUUCUCAAACCCACCACCAUCAGCCUUUGCCUUGUUGCACGGACCCGGACUGGGUUGCAGACCGACGCAGUGGCGAUAAUUUACCCCUGGGUGUCCUCAGCACACUUUGUGACAGCGAUAUUACACCAGUUUGUACAGGC